AUGACCGAGGAGGAAAACCUCCAGGCGCUCUUCCCGGAGGAGCUGGAGGCAAGUGAAGACGACGCCUUCAGCUGGGAUGGAGUCGACUCCUCCUCCGAGGAGGAGAUCGACUCCUCCUCAUCCGACUCGGUGGCAGGUAAUGCCUUCCGUUUCCUCCGGUCCUCCGAGGAAGACUCCGAGGAGGACGCCGACGGCGACGACGGCGGCGGCUACGGCGGUGAUGAGGACGACGCCGGCGGAAGCAACGCCGAUAGCAGCGGCAGCGAGGACGACGGGAGCAGCAACGGCGGCGACAGUGAUGGCAAAAGCACGCCGGUGAGGAGCCCGAAGCACUGUAGGUACCUAGGCACCUACUGGUGGUAG